AUGGAGGAAACCUGUGACCUAAUACCACCCCAGCAACAUCAUGGAAAGGGGCCAAUAUGGUGCUGGAAGAUUGAUAACCGGGGCAGGAAUUUGCAAAAUACUCGCACACCGCUCAAUGUGUUUGACACAGGCUGCUGUUACCAAGGCGAUGAAGCUCGUGCCAUCCAAGUUUUGCACGUGAAGCCCGUGACAUUCGAGUGCAACGUGAUAUUAGCUGGCACAUUAGUAAGAACCAUUACGUCAUCGUGCAACUGCAAGUGUGGAAUAUGGUGCAGAAAUUCCGGAAUGUGUAAAGAAUGGAGCUCUUUCAUUCAAGGCAUUUUACUUCAUCCCAGCGGGUCGAAGCAGACUGAUUUCUUAGAAAUCCUGGCCACGACCUGUACAUCCUGUUGUAAACCAGUUUAUAUCCCUGCAACUUCUCAAAGCAAGCAUAUUCGGAGUUUAGACAUUCAGUGCAACGAAAACAGAAGUUUACCUCAUCAUUCUAACUGUGAUAUCCAUCCCGAUGACACCUGGUGCUGCUCUAUUUAUUGCUCGGGACAGACAGACCAGGAAUCAUGUUCCUAUUUCAGUUCAAAUGUUUCCUCUACUGAUAAACACUCUUCGAGUGACAAAAAAACAUUCACAAGUAAAAACGAUGUUCAUUCGACGGAAACACCAAAUGAAAGACACAAAAGAGAUAGCGGUUUUCAGGAAUCAUAUCACUUUGAAGUUCUCGAAACGUUCAAUGAAAUCGUUGUUCUUCAGUUAUUUAAUAUUACAGUUCGACUUGUCGACAAAAGGGGCUUGGUCGUAACAAAUACAAGAAGGGAAGCGUACUUAAGUUGUAAAGAUACUACUAACCAAGGAGGCGGAACAGACUGCAUAGUUGGUGUUUUGACAACGGCACUUGUAGAUGGAUAUGGAAUUUUCACAAAUGUAUCGUUCCUGGAAACAGGCGACAGCUAUCACCUGACAGUAACGUCUUCAGGAAGCCCAGAAAUUCUUCCUUGGACAUCAGAUUCUAUCUCCGUGACUUUCAGGCCGCUCAUUCUCAGGUCAUCCGGUCGAACACUGCCGAUCAGUCCUAGAGAGAAUGAGACCUUGUCUCCCGCCGCCGGAGUCAUUGUUUACGACGUUAUCGAUGAUGCUCCAGCAAACGGGAAAUAUCUUUCUCGUUAUACAUGGGAAGGAUCUAUAGGCCUGUUAUACGAUGAUAUUUAUCCUGGCCAGCUCCUCGGCACAACCACACAGAUUUUAGAAUACGGAGCUAAUGAAAUUAUAUUCAGUGACGUCAUAAUUACGGACUGGGGUUACUCUUACAUUCUUAGGAUUACAAUGAAGGCAUUGGAGACAAACCAUUGGAAGCUAACGUACCUGAUAGGUCCAUUCGAUGUAGACAUGAUGGACACCUUUGAUCUUCCUCUGGUACAAUAUUCCGAAUUUCGCCAAGUGCGUGUUGCAUUCGAUGGAGACUUCGAACGUGUCCAGGAGGACGAAAGAAAAUUCACGAUAUUUUUCCUUAAUUGUUUCGGGAGGAGGUAUCCGAAUGUUAGGUGGCAGAAUGUAACAAUAUCUGAAGGAAGCGUUGUAGUGGAUGCUGUAAUAACAGGGAUAACGGAAGAGCUUGAAAGGACCUCGAAUGAACUUGACGAAGACAUUGAGAACGGUCGAGCAGAUAUCCAAUAUGAAGAAGAUCGUGUAUGGAAGGCAAGGAGUGCUUUUUCGCCAUCCAGGAAACUUCUGGAAGAAAGCGAAAAUACUCAGGGACAGAAUGGAGACGAAGGUGCCGGUGGACUUUCGGUCGCUUGGAUCGUGGCCAUUGUUGUCAACGUAGUCCUCAUCUUGGCCUUCAUAAUCACCGUUAUCUACUGUUACUGCAGGAGAAAGAGAGCGAAAGGUGAGACCCAUACUGGGUCUACCGUUCGGCAUUUCGACGGUCAGCCUGAUCCUCUCGUCUUCGCAAACAAGGCUGAGAACAAGAAGAGUUUGGAAGAGAAAUCGGCCCUCAUCGACUCCGGACCUCGGAAUACGGCCAUCUUUACCGUAGAGGAAGGAAGACAGAGAUAUGUCGAAGAAAAUGAAGACGACCCUCAAGGAUAUCCCACCCCUUCUCCGGAGCCCACGUUCCCCACACCAGAACCCUCUCCUGAACCAGAAGAAUACUGGAGACCUGAUUCCUUUCAAAAACAGGAUGAAGAAGAGGAGGAGGAGGAAGAAAUGAUGUUCUUACCCGGAGCUGUCUCUGAACCAGAGCCAGAACCAUCCCAAAGGGAACGCUACUAUGUUUAUCACGUAACUGACAUCGACGGUUCUCGAGAACUAGUCGGUUCCCUUUACCUCCCCGUAGACAGCUUCCUGAAUGAUGUUCGGCGCGAGAUUGAUCGAGACAGAGAUCUCUCCGAAAUGAUCGAAGGCAGAGAAUACAGGUUCCUGGACGAGAACAUGGAAGUCAUCCCGAACUACCAAGAGAGCUCGCUUGACUUGGAGAGGAUAUUUCCUGCUGAUGGCAUUAACGUUCAAUUCGUGCCCAAACGAGAGGACAAACCAAAGACUCCAGAACCUCCAGUUUUCAAGAGACAAAAGCCGCCAGCGUAUGUGGGUCCUUUGGGAAUUUGCAAUGCAGCAGACUGCAUGAGAGCUGCAAAGAUCAAGUGCUUGGACUGCAGAAAUGUUGCCUAUUGCACCAAACGCUGUAUGAGGCUGGAUGCGAAAGAUCACAGACGAGUUUGUUUCAAACCAGCUUGGCGAAUAUGAAAGAACAGUGACGAGUGCAUGUGGGAUUCUGACGUAUACUUGAAAGAAGAUGUUCAAUCUCCCAUUCGAAUUACAAAUACAAGAAGUGUUUCUUAAGUAUAAAUCGUAAGAAAAACUGAACUCAGAGAGUGCAUUUAAAACAUUAAUUUUAACUCUGAAUAUCGGUGAUUUCACUUUAUGUAUUUCAACAAGAAGCUUGUUGGUUUUCAAAGGACUGUAAAAAUGUUUUAAUGAUAUUCCUGUACAAUGACUUAUUAUUCAAAUUUUUCUCCAAUGGCUGCUCGUGUGUGUCACAUUUCACGGUUAAAUGGUCCAUCAUGCCUCUGUAAUAAAAUAACAAAAACGAUUUUCUAAUAAAUCUAUAAAUUUGU